AUGGCCACUCCGUUGAAAAGCGACAAGAUGGCCCGAAGUGGGUUUCCACCACAGCCACCACCACCACCGCUACCCUCCGAGUCAACGACCGUCCAAACUGAAGCGAACGACAGACGGCCGUCCACUGGUACGUAUUCACGUGGUACAAUUGGUCACGGUGGACAAGUCCACGAUGAUGAAGUCGAGCAGGAGGACGUGCAUCGGAUUCCCAUGAUGCCUCUCGCAGCGAGCAAUAUUCCCCGUCUCAGUGUCAGCUCACACUUGUCGCUUCAUCAAACCGUUGGCCCUGGCCAGCUCCGAAGACGGAGCAAGAAGCGGUCGUUCUACAAAUCGGCUUAUGCUACUGACACCUUGAAAGGCACUGUCCCUCGUGUCCCUCGUCACUGGCUCAACGCCCGCUUUCGACACAAUUCGUUCUUUGCUCGACGGUUAUUGCACUCGGGCGUGCCGUUGGCUUGUGUUCUAGCAGCUGGACUAGGCGUUUACUACUUCUACAAACCACAUUGGCUCGUGCUUAACAAAGCGUCGGCACCAUCAGCCUAUGGCUUUAUGCUGGAGUCCCCACGGUUGGUUUACACGUUUCAAGCAUCGAGUUGUGAGAACGUCGUGGGGUUCUCGGCUUUGAUUUAUCACACGCUGCCGGCCGUGAUUUUGCUGUGUUUGCCAGGGUCAGGAUGGCGACUGUUUGAACCGUUCAAGCGAGAGGAGGAACCGCUUGCUGCUACUGCAACGUUUGCAUCUCGAGCCACAAUGGGUAAAGCGGAGCUUGAAACAGGACAUGGGGGAAUGGAUCUCGAUGACGACGAAGAGGGUGAUGGGAAUUUGACCAAGAUCAAGCGGCGACUAGUGUUUCAAUUCUGCGAACUGGUUGCCGUGUUAUUGCUGCUCUUUCAAGCGUUCGUGGUGAUGUUUUUCCUCUACAUGUUUUUCAAAGGCGGCGUCUUCACGUGUGAUGUGCAUGCAGUGCAGCUCUUUGAGCUUGUCAGCAUUGUGUGCUUUGGAUGGAUCUUUACUGAGCUUCAGUACUUUGCACGCUUUCGAGAGCAUGUGAAGAUGCUUCUUGGGGCUUUUCAAGAGAGUGAUCAGACUGGUGACGUACGCAAUCAUGUAAUGGAUCCAGGCGUUGAUCAACUUAUGAACCAGUCGGACAAAGCUCUAGCAGUUGUGCGGAAACGACUGUACAAAGCUACUCGUCAAGGUGAUUUGCGUGAAAUGCGUGACAUUCUCGACUACGCUGAAGCAGCAGGUUUGACUAGUGAAGCUCAAGGGUUUCCUCGCAAGAGCUAUGGUGCAGUCUCUCUCUUCUUUGGCUUCUUCGCAAAAUCUCGAAAGAAUCCGGUGCACGUUGCAGCUUACCAUGGUAACAUUCGGGCGUUGCAGCUUCUAGAGUCCAGAGGGUUUGAUGUUGGAGCGAUGGACAAGUUCAAUCGUGUACGAUUCUCCACUGGAGAUCUCUUCUGGUACCUUGCUCGUUUAUUCGUGUCCCGUCCGGGCAUUGAUGGAGGUGGCAGUGAUGAAGAAUCCGCUGCAUCGAUUUUUCGGACAACGCUCGUGACGCCACUGCAUUGUGCCGUGUCCACGGGUCAGUUGGAAGCUGUUCGAUGGCUGCUUUCGCGUGGAGUAUCAGCUCGUACACUAGCCCGAUCGUCAUACCGUUCCGAUCGAGUGCCCCCACUUUUCUUGGCUGAACAUCCUGAUGUUGUCCGUGCAUUACUGGUGCAUGGCGCUGACCCUUUGGUCAUUCCUGAUCCAGGUCACAUGAACACGUUGACAGCAUUACAACUCGCAUACUUGCGGGGUAACUAUGCGGUAGCCCAAGAACUCGAAGAAUGGGGUGGUGAUGUAGCACUCACUCCUUUUCACUCUGCUGCGGGACGAAACGAUGUGUUGGCCGUACGAAAAUUUUUGCGGAAAAAGACGGACGUGGAUUGUCUGGGAGAAAUGGGCUACGUCGGGCUGAAUCGACGUACGCCGUUGCAUUGGGCAGCUGUAAGUGGUGCUUUGGAGGCCGUCGAUCUGUUGCUUGAAGCAGGUGCUGACUCGAACUUUCAAGAUGCUCGUGGCCGAUCACCGCUGCAUUGGGCAGCACGUUUGAACAAAACAGGUGUGGUCCGCUCAUUGCUUAAAGCUGGAGCAGAUCCCAAGCUGGUCGACUUGGAUUACAUGACUCCUCUGAUGUGUGCUGCGAAUGGUCUGGAUGCCACCCGCGAGUUGUUUGGCAUUCUAACGUCUGCAGGUGCCGAUAUUAAUUACCAACUGCCGACUUCAGGCGAUACGGCACUGCACGUAGCUGUCCGAAAAGAUAACGAGCAGUCGGCACUUGCCAUCCUGGCUAAUGGCGGCAAUCUCAUGAAGAUGAAUAUUGAAGGUCUACGACCACUGGAUUGCACCACGUCCACGCGAUUGUUGUUUGAAAUCAAACAAGCUGCUGGACAGCGAGAUGUGAUGAUCAGUUAUACGCAUUCGCAUGCAGAAUUUGCCAAGAAGAUCCGUAAAGCACUGGAAGACGCAAACGUGACAACUUGGCUUGAUUUGAUGGAUCCGAGUGGUAUUGGAGGUGGUUCUGUCUGGCGUGAAGAGAUUGCACGGGGCAUCACAAAUGCUGCUGUCGUCUUGUGUCUUUUGACAGAGGACUAUGCUCAGUCUGAGUGGUGUUUGAAGGAACUUGCUUUGGCGAAGCAAGUUGGUACCCCGAUAUUGGCCGUGUCCAGUGAAGGUGUCUGCAUUGGUGAAGAUCUGCAGGUGUAUUUGUAUACCCGACAGAUCAUUCCGUUCGAGCCUGCCAUCACUCAGACUCGACGGAAUAGCACGGACACGCGGCAGAUCGAGUAUGACUACGACCAGGCCAAGUUUCAGUCACAGUUUCGCUUACUGCUUGAUGGUCUGCGUGAUGAGAUCGAAAAGAACCGGGAUGCUGUCCAGCGAAAGAAUGUCGCGAGCAGUCGUCGAAACCACGGUCUUAAACAAACUUCGAUGGGAACGAUGAUUGCAGCUUCCGGUCCUGGCGGGUUUUCUCGACUUUUUCAGCGAUGGGAUCCCGACGCUAGUUUUGUGCAAAAGCAGUUUGUCUUUCUCUCGCAUGGAGACAAGCACUCAGGGUUUGUCCAGCAGCUGUACUCUGAACUGCAGGAUGCUGGUGUUGUGUGCUAUGGCGAUCGCAAUGUCGAGGGUCAGGACUUUGAAGACCGGAUCCAUGCAACUCGAGAAGCGAUUCUCCGUUGUACGUGUUUUCUUGUUAUUUUGUCAAAGCAGACAAUGGGCAGCGAGCUUGUGCGCGAUCAGCUGGCGUUUGCAGAAGACAAGGGGCGUCCAAUUUUCCCAAUUGUACUGAACGAUUUGGAUCCAGGGCUUGACAAGCGCUACUCGCUCGCGCGCAAUGAACUAUACCAUUUCAUGGGCAACGGCAUGAGCUUCAAACACAGUGCCGAUCGACUGAUUGAGAGUCUACGUCAACAGUGUACAGCUCAGGACGAGAAUGUCGGAUGGGUUGUCAACAAUGCCACGCGAAUCGCCAGUGCCAACACCUCUUUUGUAUCGUUCACGGUUGGUGAGUCCGAGAGCCGAAACGAAUACCGCAGUGGGGAUGGCGAACAGGUUAUCCAGGAAGGUGCCGUAUUGCACGAGAAUGACGAUCUAUCGCGAUCUGAUUGCGAGAUUGCAGCUACUAGCGCUAUUUGA